UUGUCACACACUUUAUAUCUAAUCUCUGUCUACUACUGCAUUUUUCUACACCUCCUUCUUUAAUACCCCCAUUUUCCUCCAAUCUUGUCUUCUCUGCUCUGCAUUCUUUUCUUUUCCCCACUUUUAUUUCUUUGUUUACACACACUGUUUCAUACCUUCAUUUUCCACCAGAACAAAAAAAAAAAAAAAACUCUAUAAAUGCAGCUCUUUUUGAAUGACACCCAUUUUUUUUCUAUCCUUCACAGAUGAUAAAUGAAUGAAACUCUUCAUUUGAUCAAAUAAAAAGGUGGUUGUUGAAGAGCAUCUUUAAUUUGAGAUAAUUCCCAGUUUUAUCUGAAGUACAUUUUGGUCCCUUAGAUUGGUAAAGAUGGUAAUCAUGAAGAGCAGACUUGCCUGCUGUACAAGAGAUAGAGAGCUUAGCAUUGACUUUGAUGAAAAUCAGAGAAUUACAACAUAUGAUGGCCUCGAAAGUAUUUUGAACAGUCAGCCGUAUGACAAUCAGAGUCUCACUAGCAGAGGUGGAGGUGUUACGGAUUCCUUUGAUGAUGAUGACUCAAGCAGCAGUUCCAGCAAUAAUGCUUUUGGAUCUUUCUCUUCUCACUGGACAACAAUGAUGAAGAGGGAUGAUGAAUGGGAUUUUGCGCCAAGUCCGCAACAUUACUAUGUAAAAGAAAAACCUGCUUAUACAACCCAGUUUUCAGAUGUCGAAACAAUGAAAGAAAAAUUUGCCAAGUUGUUACUCGGGGAGGAUGUGACUGGUGGAACCAAGGGGGUUUCCACUGCAUUAGCACUGUCAAAUGCCAUUACAAAUCUUGCAGCAUCAGUGUUUGGAGAGCUCUGGAAAUUGGAGCCACUUGCAGAGGAUGGGAAGAGGAAAUGGAAGAGAGAAAUGGAGUGGUUGCUCUCUCCUACGAACCAUAUGAUUGAGUUGGUUCCUGCUAAACAAAAUGGUUCUAAUGGCCAGAAAUUGGAGAUCAUGACUCCAAAAGCUCGUGCAGACAUCCAUAUGAAUCUUCCAGCGCUUCAAAAGUUGGACUCCAUGCUUCUUGAAGCUUUGGAUUCAAUGGUUAAUACUGAGUUUUGGUAUACGGAAGUGGGUAGCCGAGCAGAAGGAAGAAGCAGAAGUGCUGGGGAGAGCAAAAGGUGGUGGCUUCCGUCACCCCAGGUACCCAUAACUGGGCUCUCUGACCCUGAAAGAAACAAAUUGUUGAAUCAAGGCAAAUUGGUGAAUCAAAUAUUUAAAGCAGCUAAAGCUAUCAACGAAAAUGUCUUGUCUGAAAUGCCUGUUCCAACAAUCAUUAAAGAUGCACUUCCAAAGUCUGGCAGGACAAGUCUAGGGGAGGACCUUUACAGGAUCCUGAAUGCAGAAUCAACAUCCGCGGAUGCGAGGCUCAAUUCCCUUAACAUAAAAUCUGAACACGAUGCCCUUGAAGCUGUUAACAGAUUGGAGGCUGCAGUACUUGCAUGGAAAGAGAAAAUAGAAGAACAUGCAUGUGGAAAAUCUCCCGCACGAACAUCUUGGUCUUUCUUAAAAGAUUCUAUAUCUGAACUGGACAAGACAGAGGUGUUAUUGGGCAGAGCAGAAUCUCUUCUGCAGCAACUCAAGAUUAAAUAUCCAAACCUUCCUCAGACAUUCCUCAAUGUCACAAAGAUCCAAUAUGGCAAGGAUGUGGGGUGUUCAAUUCUUGAAGCAUAUUCUCGGGUUCUAUUGAACUUGGCAUUCAGUAUCCUAACUAGGAUAGGCGAAAUUCUGCAAGAAGACAUUUUGAGCAAUCCCAAUUCUCCCGCGGCUUCAUGCCACCUUCCUGGUGUAAGAAUUCCAGGAUUGUCAGAUAGUCCUAUACCCAUUCGUGUAAGGCAUUCGUUGAUUGAUCAGAUGAAUAAAACCGAUGGACGAUCUUAUGAUUCUCGUCGUACCAAUGCUUCUGAUAUGUCAGACAUUGAGUUUGUUGAAUCAAAGAUAAGUUCAGUAACUGCAACACCAAGCCGGAGUCGAGUGUGGUGCAUAGGGAAAGAAGCUUGUAGCAGCACGUCUGCUGAAAAUUCACCUUGAUAAGCAAAGUAGUCUUUCUGUAGAUAUAUAUAUAUCAUCUCCAUGUCAAACACAACAGCCUUAGCUUGAGGCUGAGUUUUCAUGGUUAUUGUUGGAAGUGUGCUUUCAUUUACAAUACACAAGUCAAGUUGAGCAUUAUUAAGUUUCUUUUUACAGAUGA